GAUUUAGGUAUUCAGUCUUCUACUCCAUCCACUCUCUAGACUUCUCUUCAUCUUUUUCCUAUUCUUUUUUUUCCCUUCGUUGUGUUCUCCCAAAAUUUCAAUUUUCAAUUUCAUAGUUAUAUCAUAAUAUUAAAUACCCGUCGCUCGUUUUGUUUAUUAGACCCUUUAUAUACCAAGCUAAAACAUUUACUAUUCUUUCUGUUUUGAGCAUCGGUAAUCUUCCCUCCCGCCUAUUAUUCUUCAUUACCUAUUCGCUGGUCUCACCAAAGUGACGUCCGGUAGUCCCCCAGAUCCAGCCAAACCAAAAAAAACCAAAAUGCUAAACAGGUACAUGAGCUAAUGAACUAGUUCGCCAUAGAUUAUUCCAAUAGCACUUCCCUCAAAUCAUUCAUCAUUCCUCCAGACAACUUUGAGAAAUACACAUUCUUUUUCAUUUUUUGAUCAAAUUAUCUUGCUGUUUGCAGCAAUCCACCCAACAUUUGCCGCCGGGUUGUUAUUAUUGGGAACAUUGUACUGUUAAUAAUCAACAGACCGACAAAGGAAAGAACAAAACACUUAGAUUUGUAUAUGUCAUAAGUCAACCACAACACCUUGAAGGUCCAUCCGGAUCUUGCGGAACUACCGCUUCAUCAAUUUCUCUCUCAGCUUGCUACCAUUCAAAACAAUUUAAAUCCUUCAAAAUGGGCCGAAAUCGAGGUAUGUUGGAAUGCGCCACCAUAUUUACCAGACAACCCGGUUACUAAAUAGCUCUUUCCCCCUAGUUAUGUCGUUCAUGUCCCAAUUUAGGGACCGAGACUCUAGCAGUCCUACUCGAACCCCUCCAUCCUCAGGUCGAGCGCGAAGUCGAACGGAAUCCUACACUAAACAAGAGUCUCAAGAGUCUCAAGAGUCAGGAAAGUCGUCCCAAGCUUUAGGAAAGGAGCCCUUCCCAACUUCGAAUUUCCAAAUGCCCUCUCUUCAGGUUUCCCCUUCUAGUGAGGCACGCGAUUCUUCUCAACCUCCUCGAUCAAGGGAACGAGCUUCGUCUAGACCUAUGUCUAUGGUACAAACUUUUCAGCCACCAUUGAUGAAUGUCAACCAAGAUACGCUACCAGAACUACAACCCAUCUUCAUAUUUUUGAACAGUCAUAGCAACAAGUUGUAUCAGGAAGGAUAUUUCUUGAAGUUGGAUGAUCAAAACAUACGUGUGUACAAUAUUCUACAUUUGGAGAGCAUUACGAUCUAACAUUACGUAGAUGGCAAAGCCAAUGCCGACCGGACCUGGACGGAAUGUUUUGCACAGCUUGUGGGGACCAUCCUCUCAUUAUGGGAUGCAGCAGAGUUAGAUGCUGCUGGGCAAGAUGGAGAAGUUCUUCCAAAGUUCAUCAAUCUUACAGAUGCUUCGAUCAAAAUGGUUACCUUCACUUUUCUGAACACCGGCCAUGGUUCCCUUUACUGAUACUUCAUAGAUUGAAUCUCUUCCUACUCGAUCGCCUGCCGAAGCACCUUUGCAAAACGUCCUCAGCAUAUCUACGGCUGGUAAGAAUAGAUACCUUUUGCACUUCAAUUCACAUCAUUCGUUAGUUCAAUGGACCGCCGGUAUUCGUCUUUGUAUGUAUGAGCAUGCUACAUUGCAAGAGGCGUAUACAGGCGCGCUCAUCGCUGGAAAGGGUAAGUUACUAAACAACAUCAAACCCAUCAUGGAGCGCGCGAGGAUUCAGACGGCAGACUGGGCUCGAGUGAGAUUUGGCGCUGGAACACCUUGGAGACGAUGUUGGUGUGUGAUCACUCCACCCGAUGAAAAAGAGGUCCAAAGAGUGCAAAAACAAUCACAAAAGAAGAGAUCGGCCUAUGAUCGCCCCCGGCCGCCUAUAUUGAAAGGAAACAUCAAAUUUUAUGAUUCAAAGAAAACGAAAAAGGCUCGACCAAUCGCUACAAUUAAUGAUGCCUAUUCAGCGUUUGCUAUCUAUCCCCAAUCUAAACCACUCAUAGAUGCUUCCACUUUAGUCAAAGUGGAGGGGUCCAUCACAAUUCAUUCAAAUCCCCCUCUAACCUCCGAAGGGUUUGUUUUCGUCAUGCCCGAGGUACAUCCUGCCGUAAGUGGUUUUGAGAUGAUGCUCCGGUGGCUUUUCCCAGUCUACGAUACAUUUGGACUUUAUGGGCGUCCUGGUCGUUUGAUCGCAGAAACUAGUGACACCCGGAGUUUGAUGUUUGCAAUGCCAGAACAUCGAAGAUAUGACUAUCUAGAAACUCUCGAUGUUGCGGGUCUGAUAUCCGAGCAAGGUAGCGCUAAUUGGCUGGAAUCUGAAUGGAGGAAAAGAAUGAAAGAUUUAACAGCCAAGCGAAUGGUAACCCUCAAGAACAGUAGCCGAACCAAUAGCCAAUACGGCAGUAGAAGAAGUCGCAACAGUGCGGGAAAUCCUCGAACCCGCCUUCAGUUUGACGAUACAGUUUCGGUUAGAUCGUCACCAUCGAUCCAAUUUGGCCCUCGCCCGUCAGGAGAUGUUGGCAAUGGGGGUCUUCCUAGGAUUGAUUCGGCACCUGCGGGUACUAUAGCAUUGCACCAAUCGAAAACUUCAGCAUCUCACCAAAGGUCAACUUCCGAAUCUCAGCCACCAAGUCGUCAAGAGAACCAAACUCCUCCCGUCUUUGACGGGGCUUACGAACGUGCUCCUAUUUUAUCUCUCCAAUAUGCCCAAGAUGUUGCACCUUCACCCGAGCGUCUCAGUUCGGAAGAUGAGCAGGCGGCUAAUGCAACCCCGGUUCGUGAACUACAAGAAUUGCAAACAGUUACAAUUCCAGAGCCUGUAGCUGCACCUCCAGCUUUCAGGCACGCGCCCGGAGCAUUGCCUCCUAGUAAAACUUUACAAUCACCAGAUCUUCGAAAAGCGAAUAAUCGCAUGUCUACCGCAACGCUAUCUCAAUUAGCCGGUGCUGCGGCUACUUAUCAACAAGGUCCAGAAAGGCGAGGAAUGAAUGUUCAAAUGCAUGAUAGAAUAGAGGAGGAUGAAGAUCAAGGUAGAGGGGUACUGUCAGACGUCACCAGAAAUCACCAUAUGCCUGCUAACCAUAACAUCAUUAAUGAAGGCAUGGUAGCAUCCUACAAACCUUAUAACGAAGAAGGCUCAAUUCUUCCGUCGAACCGCGAUCAAACGUCUUAUCAAAGCCAAGAGUACCGAUCUAGCAACACCCAAUUUAAUUCAAACUCACAAUUGGAUUUUUCAAACGAUAUGCCCCACCCAGAAAAUCCAUCGAACCAGCCACCUCGUCUGCAGACGAGCCAGAGCAUUUCAAGAAAACCUGUUCCUACACAACAAGAGAACCAACAAAGUCCUACUUCAUCGCAACCCGCUUCUAGCAGUGGAAGCUUAACCCAACAUAUUCUUGAACUAGGCGCCUAUGAUUUGAUACUCCCUAAAGAAGACGAUUUCAAGCUUCCACAGAUGAAUAGACACAAUAGUGAUUUAAGCAGUACAUAUGACGACGCCGCAUCGACGGGUACCCCAGAUUAUGCCAGUACCAGCCAUUCUGUACGAUCUGCACGCACGCAAAACUCUGUCGAAAAGCCGCGAGCAGGUAGGAAGAAGAUCAUUGGUAAUGUCGAAGUUGGCCAACCACUUUACGGUGACGACAAUACAUUGUCAAAGGGGGUCGAUAUUGAUUUUGGUCCUACCUUUGAUCUCAAUCGAGCACCGGGGCAGAAUUCUCCAAGUCCUAGUCCUAAACAGGAUAGAUUCAGUAAUCCCAAUCCUGAAAAACGUCCAAGUCAUGACAGAACUCCGAGCGGCAAUGUGCUAGUUUGGCAACCAGGAAUGAGUGCAGCUGCAGCUAACAAUACCUUUGGUCACAAACAAGGAUUGACCGCGGAAGAGUUUGUCCAACAGCGUUCUAUAGCUGCUGCAGCGACGCCACAGUAUGUACACCAACGUCAACACUCAGGCAAUAUUUUACGUGCACAUUCUCCUACCCCAGCACAUGCUUCACCUUCUCCUACUCCAGCACGAUAUACCCCUUCGCCUACACCAAAUCAAGCUUCCAAGCGAUCUAGUGCACUCUUAGGCCAGCAUUCGCGCCAUAGCUCAGCAGAUUUGUUGAAUUCUACCGAGGGUCACGGCCAGAAUCGACAUUCUCGCCGCGGCUCAGCAGAUUUGUUGAAUUCUGGUGAGGUAUAUGGUCAACAGCAGCAUGCACGCCACAGUUCAGCAGAUCUCCUGCGUCCAAGUUCCAGAGGUGCGGCCAGAGCUUUGGGUGCUUCUGGGAAUGGCACCCUUACAACAAAUCUUUCUGCUCGAGAACAAGUAUUUGUUGCGAAAAUGACUGGCGGACCCCUAAUUGCCAUGGCUCAAAACAACAAUAAAAAUAACGUCGUCUCUGCAGGUCUCGUUGGGGCUAUUGAUUCGCGUGAGAAGGAGAAGCAGUAUGUCAAGCAAGGAGUCAACUCCCAAUCGGUACAACAUGCAAUUGCACUUCGUCAGCAACAGUUAGUUCAACAGCAAAUAGAGCAGCAGCAAAAAGCUGAGCAGCAUCGACUUGAGCAACAACAAGCUGAAAAUAUUCGUCUCCAGCAACAACAAGCCGAAAAUGUUCGUCUCCAGCAACAACAAGCUGAAAAUAUCCGUCUUCAGCAACAGCAAGCUGAGCAAAGUCGUCGCCAGCAACAGCAGACUGAACACAUUCGUCGUCAGUCGCAAUAUGCUAAUACCAAUUUUUCACCCUCACAAUUUGCAGUACCUAGUAAAAGAGGGUCAUGGAUGGGACCUAAUGCAAACCUCUUUCCUCAAGCUGGGGGUUGGGCAAUGCCAGGACAAUCACCCGGUCAAUACCAACCAAAUUUGGCGCAUUCACCUGGACAGUAUCAACCGACAUUACCACACUCACCUGGGCAAUACCAACCAACUUUAGCUCACUCACCUGGGUAUCAAGGGACUCCUCAGCAAUACUCGCAGCAACAGCAAUAUUUCCCCCAAUAUCCACCUACGCAAGGAGGACAGAGAAACUCUGGAUACUAUGGAUAGGAUAGAUAUUAGAUUGGAAGGCAGCAUGGCGUUUUUCAUAUAAUAUUUUGAAUUGAGUUGGAAUAAAAAAUCUUCCGGUUGAAAUGGAAACCUUUUUUUGUAAAUUUCUUUUUCUUUCCCUUCUGGUCUGUUUCUUUUUGGGGAACUUCAUAGUGAAAGCAUGGCGUGAAGGUGUACGUUUACGGGGUCGGGUAUCCUCUUUAUCUUUUGGGAAAAGGGAAGUGGUGGAUCUUUCGGCCUGAACAUGGCAUAUUUUCUUCGUGUCUCUCCUUUGUUUGUAAAUCCAGGUGAAUGGAUGAAUGGAUGCAUGGAUCCAGAUGCAGAUGCAGAUGCAGUGGAGCGAAUGGAUAUGAUAGAGAGUACUUAAACCUAGCUACCUAUCUACCUCUUAGCCAUAGCUGUUCUGAGGGGAAACGGUAAAGGGGCAUUAACUGAGAAAAGACUUGGGUACCUUUUGAAUGUACAAUUUCUGAAAUCUGAACUUUAAACUCUGAAAUCUUGAUGUCUGGGGAUGGAUACUUGUUGGGGUGGUUGUUGUGUAUUAAGUAAGGAGCGAAAGGUAAGAGAUUA